UGUUUUUAAAUCAACCGCCAAAACUGAAUAAUGAGAAAAUCAAGAGGAAAAAAAAAAGGGAAAGGCGGACAACAAAGAAUAAAGAAGGCAAAGCAUUGCGUGUCGCGUCCUGUUUGUUGGAACGGAAACGGGAGACGGGAAGAAGAGGUCCACGGCAGCAAUCACAGGUCCUUCCAGAAGCAGUAGCACUGCCAUCGUACAGGCUUUUAUCAACACACCACAAUCUCCUAUAUAUUACGCGCGCACACGCUUUCUCUCUCCAGAAAUUCAUGGCGUCUUUGGAGUUGCGGACGAGUUCCGAAACUGCGGAUGAAGCAGGGUAUGGAAGAAGAUCCAGCAACGGUAAAGAUGAAAUCAAGGAGAGUAGGAAGAUUAGGAAGAGAAGGGCAAAGUAUGUGCCAAAAUUUGGAUGUUUCAGAUCAGAACACGAUGAAGGUCUGGAAAUGGAGGCCGAUUGUACUGGAGAGCCUUCCAAUCCAACUCACCUUGUUAUAACGGUUAACGGUCUCAUAGGAAGUGCUCAAAAUUGGAAGUUUGCGGCUAAGCAAUUGUUGAAGAAGUAUCCCAAAGAUGUUAUUGUUCACUGCAGCAAAGCUAAUUAUUCAAUGUCGACAUUUGAUGGUGUUGAUGUAAUGGGCAAUCGAUUAGCAGAAGAGGUACUAUUGGUCAUAAAACGAUACCCAGAUGUUCAGAAGAUUUCAUUUAUAGGCCAUUCAUUAGGUGGGCUGGUAGCAAGAUAUGCUAUAGCUAGGCUUUAUGAAAGAGAUGCCACAGGAGAACUUUCUCAAGAAAAUGGAGAUAAAAAAAAUGAUAGAUCUGGUGAUUCAUAUCUCCAAGAGAAAUUAAAGGGCAAAAUUGCUGGAUUGGAACCCAUGAAUUUUAUUACCUCUGCAACGCCACACCUUGGUUCAAGGGGACAUAAACAGGUCCCAGUUUUCUGUGGCUUUUACACCCUGGAAAAAGCAGCAUCUCAUACAUCAUGGCUUUUUGGUAGAAGUGGGAAACAUCUGUUUUUAACCGACUGUGAUAAUGGAAAACCUCCUCUUCUUCUUCAGAUGGCUGGUGAUUGUGAGGAUCUUAAAUUUAUGUCUGCUUUGCAAUCCUUCAGGCGCCGUGUUGCAUAUGCAAAUGCUCGUUUUGACCACAUUGUGGGAUGGAGUACAUCAUCAAUACGGCAUCGAAAUGAGCUCCCAAAGCGUCAACAUUUUGCGCGAAAUGAGAAAUACCCACAUAUUGUAAAUGAGGAGGUAACUAAAAUUUCAAGUCCUCAACAAGAAGUCCCUUUGAAGGUCAAAGGCAAUGGACGCAAAUCGAUCGACAUGGAAGAGGAAAUGAUCAGAGGUUUAAUGAAAGUGAGCUGGGAACGGAUUGAUGUCAACUUCAAACGAAGUACACAAAGAUUUCUUGCACACAAUACCAUUCAGGUUAAAAACUAUUGUAUCAAUUCUGAUGGGAAGGAUGUGAUCCUACACAUGGUUGACAAUUUUCUCUUAUGAAGGAGCCUAAUUAUUCUUUAUUUCCGAGAUGGGCUUGGCAUGUGCUAUGCAUGUACUCCUUACCUCUUUGCUGUCUCUCGGAUGCUGUGAAAGUGUUUUUAUGGUGGAGAAUCCACUAAAAAGCUUGCAUUAUUUGAAACAAGUACUUUGCCUGUGUAAUGAGAAUCUAAGAGGCAGAAUAGGCGCUUCCCGAAGAAUGCAGGUUUUCCAGGAAAAGGGUACCCCAAGGAAAGGGGUUUGUUGAAUGGAAGCAUCUACAAAUGCUUGCAUGUAAUUUUUAUGCAGUGCAUACCUUCAAAUAAAUAUAAGCUUCAUAUUCAGUUUGGGUGUAGAGUUGCGAGAAAGGAUAUAGAGGUCUAUCAAUCAAGGUUAACCGGAGCACAGGAUCAAUAACAUUUCACGUAGAUGGAAACUGUGCCAGUUAUUUUUUGGCUUUUUAUUUAGAUUCAUGUUGAUUGUCUUAUUUAUUGUCCCAACACCUAUUAGAGGCUCGGCCAACAUCCUAUGAAGUAAAAAUAAAUCCUAAAAUCUUGCAUACCACUGCUGGUAGUAGGUUUGACACUUGAAUUCUUGCAUUGGUUAGAAAGUUGAAGCAGGAUUCCUUCAGUAAAUAACUUAACACUUUAUAUUGGAGGGUGUUCUUCUA